AUGGCGGCACAUAAGAACGUGCUGUUGAUGAUCGCAGACGACCUUGGGAAGCAAUUGAGCUGUUACGGUGCAAGGGGAAUAAAGACGCCUAACAUCGACACCCUCGCUGCCCAAGGAACUCGUUUUGAACGUGCCUUUGCCAGCACUGCUUCUUGCAGUGGUAGUCGAUCUGUCAUCUACACAGGUCUUCAUACCCAUCAAAAUGGUCAAUAUGGCCUAGCAAGUCAUCGGCAUCAUUUUGUGACCUUUGAUCAUGUUGAGACCGCUCCUCUUCUUCUAAACCAGAUCGGACACAAAACUGGAAUUAUUGGCAAGAUCCACGUGGGCCCAAUAUCACUGUAUCCCUGGGAGAUCAAAAAAGAAAGCGACACUCGUGAUGUCGCAGUGAUUUCCGAUCAAGCACGAUCUUUUUUCCAAAAAUGCAAGGAAGAUGAAAGCCCCUUCUUCUUGACCAUUGGUUUCAUCGAUCCUCAUCGCGAUCGGACGAGGGGAGGAUUUGGUAAUCCCCACCAAUAUGAUGCUCGGAUUACCGAAGGCACGUAUGGUACAGACCACGUGGAGAUUCCUGGAUUUUUGAAUGACUCGCCUGGUGCCAGAUUGGAGCUAGCGGAAUAUUACAACUCAAUUCAUCGCCUUGAUCAAGGAGUUGGCUUUGUUCUGAACGCCCUCGCCGAAUCUGGUCUUGCAAGUUCAACUCUCGUUAUUCUCUUGAGUGAUAAUGGCCCUCCGUUCAUGAAUUCGAAAACCACACUGUAUGACUCUGGGGUCCAGUUACCCCUGAUUAUCAAACACCCCGAGAGGGAACCAGCAGUGAGCUCAGCCAUGGUCUCUUAUAUCGAUAUUCUUCCAACGAUUCUUGACUUUGUGGGCCAUCCAGCGAAAACGGACCCUGCACAGAAACGCAUUGGUCGAUCUCUUCUUGAAAACAUCGGCUCUACAGCAGAUGAUACCAAGUUUGACCGCGUCUUUGGGUCGCAUACAUUCCAUGAAGUGACCAAUUAUUGGCCCACUCGCUUCAUUCGUGACAGGCGGUACAAAUACCAUCGUAAUCUAGCCUGGCGACUGGACUUCCCCUUUGCCUCGGACAUUUACGGAUCCCUGUCUUGGGAGGACGUUCGGAAUUCUAGUGAUACGGAAAUCUUUGUUGGAAAGCGAAAGCUGAAAGAUUACUUUUUCCGUGGCCCUGAAGAGCUAUAUGACCUCGAGAAUGACCCAUGGGAAGUCAAUAAUCUUGCCGGAGAUCCAGACCACCAAGUCUUACUGGAAAAGAUGAGGGCGACGCUGGAGGAAUGGCAACGGAGAACUGAAGAUCCAUGGCUUUAUCGGGAUGGUGUUUCCGUUUGGUUCAACAGAUAUCAUUUCCCUGCCGGAUUGAAGAUUCCCGACCGGCUCGAUUUUGAUGUGAAUCAACCGGGUAACGCAGAUCUGAAAGCCUUCGAUGGAAAUGUAACUUGGGGAACUGAGGUGAAGUCUGAUUAA